GCUGCGUGACGGGGCAAAGGUCACUCGCUGCUCUGGGGGAGUGUGUAGGUAGGCGGCGAGACCCGUGUACACGCUUUAACUGCAGAUCACACUAUCUCCAGCCCCGAGCCUUACUGCAUUUCACUACCACAGUCUUGUGUGGCUUGGUAAUUCCUGCUUUGAUUGUCCUUUCUGCUGAGUAAAGCAGGGGUGGGGAGGCAUCUACAGGUUUGCGGUGAAGUGUCGUAUUUCAUGGGAGUGCUUCCGAGUACCUCCCAGUGUGAGGAGUGCCAGACAGUCUCGGCUUUGCUUCGCUGCCUGCGAACGGCUAGGUGUAAAGCAGCGAAACAGGGUGGACCUCUCACGCUCAUGCGCCUCCGACCUUGCGGAGGAUCAGGAAAUAAUUCUGCCCAAUACUGCGGAGGGUGCUGGAGCUUGUAACACGCAGCGGGAGGGAUUGCUGGCUGUAGGGUGGAGUUCGUCCACCACUCCAUUUACUAGAUGAUGUGGGAUUAAUGUGAGUCAGCAAACUGCGCUGACAUCCCUGGUCGUGUAAAGUGAAGAAGAGCCGAGUUAGAUGGAGGCGGAGUGGGAUUUUCCGGGUAUUUUACCAUGUUCUGCACCAGCACGGUUCUCUUGACGCUUUGGCCGGUAGACUUCACUGUUCAAGCACCAUGAGCCGUCAGACAAGCUUAUAAAUUGUUCAGUGACUGUUAAAAUAACUCUUGGUUAGAAAAUAAUUAGAGGGUUUACUGUUUUCUGAAGUUGAUCCAUCCAGGCAACCAUCCGAUGUGGAAAGUGUUUCGAAGUCCGUGUGGAUUUGACUUGUACAUGUUUGCUGUGGGUUCUGCGUGGGGCUGAGCACACCCGGGGAGUCUUUUGUUACUAAAGUCAGCCGAGCUCCUGGGAGUCACCGGACGGUCGUGAUGGAUGAUUUCUCCGGCUUGGAGGUAGCGUUGAAAAAUAAAAAGAAGGGGAAAUCGAACUCUUUACAGCGAGCACUAAGCUGGCUGAGGUUGUCAGGACGCAAGAAAAAGAGGUCGCAAAGUGAAGGGGACAAGUCAGCAUCCAGGCUGAGAAAAGCUUCUCAAAGUUCAGAUACUUCUAAAUCUGACGAUGAGACAAACUUUGCUAUGCACUUCAGACCGUCACUGUACCAGCACCGUCAGGAGAAUGUAUUCCAGCCGGCAUCCAGGCCCGCGCACAUCGAGGAUCUGCACAAGGAAGCGGAGUUUGGCCUCCGAUCUCUCCAGGAGCAAGUGUCAGGAUCCCCGGACGGUGGCUCAGAGCUACAGCUUGGAAAUGGCCAGGACAGCGUGGACGACUGCAGUCAGAUUUCACAGGAUGAGGAUUUGCCUGAUCUCCCAGAUUCAGCAUCAGGCGGUCCUGGUGAUGAAGUCUGGACAAAGACCCGGUCUCUCCCACCACCGACUCCCGAUGAAAUCCGGAGGAAUACACUGGUGAUCCAGCCAACCGACAGCUCAGCAGGAGCAACAUUUAAGCCCCAGAAAACGCAAUCAUCCUUCAAAGGCCCUAAACUGAAAGAGAAACGAAUUCGGAGGACUACCAUAAUGGGACUUCCCCAACACAUUCAGAAGGAACUCGGGCUAGGAAAAGGGCCUCGUCCUUCAAAGGCUGAUGGGAUAGACCACUCUGGCCACACCUUGGUAUCCAGGGGAGACGAAAACCAUUAUUUCAAUAAUCUGUCCCAUUCUCGGGUUAGGAGCUCCUUGCGAUCUGUAACUUUCUCUGAUCCAUCGCGGCAAGAUAAUGAAUCUACAAGCACCUUAGGAUUUCAUUACCUGCACAACUGGACACUGAUGGAUUCUCCCGACAGACCAAAGUCACUAGCUGUUCCAAAGUCAUCCGUGCCAAGUGAACUGCUUCAAAGUCCAGUCAUGUCCAUGUCACCUCAGGCAACCUAUUUGUCCAAGAUCAUUCCCAAUGCGAUCCUGCCGCCCACGGUGGACGUGGUGAUGAUCAGCAAUAGUCAGAACUGUCUGCGCAGGCUGAGUAACAGUGGUGUGCUGUAUGCCCCCUCUCCCGCCUGCUCCCGCGCUGUUUCCCUACAGAAUUACGAUGGCAGGGAUUCUGCUUCCAGUGAUGCAUGGAGUAAUUCCCAGUCCUCGGAAACCAUCGUAUCAAACAAUUCCACUAUUUCAUCACAGGGAAACACCAGAACUGCAUUAAAUAAUCAUUCCACAGAAACAGAUGGAGAGAAAGUGAGGGUUGAUCAUAACUUGACAAAUACGCCCCUGGAUCACCGAGCAAACACCAGCCGGUGGGUUAGUGAGUGUACUGCUCCGGCUUCUGUACCAGAGGCCAAAAGUCCCUCUGCUCAGCUUAACACCAGCAGUAAACCCACUGAGCUCCGCAGCAAUGGCUAUGCUAACCAGUCGCCCUCUCCUGCCCACAGCACGUGCAGCAUCACUGACAUCUCAGAUACUCAGAGUAUCACCAGUGAACGGUCCAUUACAAGAAGCCUGUCAGUCAAGAAAAUGAAGAAGCCGCCAGCUCCUCCGAGGAGAAUGCAUUCCUUACAUCACGGGGAGGAGCAGGACUCAGAGCUAAGAGCUCGCGGUCCUGGUCAAACAAGCAGCUCGAGGUUGGAAUCGUCCUCGGCAGGAGAAAACGAUGAAAACCCUGCUCUCUGUCAGAGACUGGUGCCUGCCCACAAUGAACCAUCCAGCGGGAAGUCCCUUCCUUCCAGUCAGUCUGAGCCCACAAUGUCAUCACCUAGUGGAAGUCUCACACCAGUGAGAGUUCCUGUGCCUCCUCCCUCUCCCACUGGAGCACCUGGGAGGUCAUCAUCGUCUUCUGCCCCAGAAAGGUCUGUCUCUGCAUCUUCAGUCCCAUCACUAUCUCCUGAUUCAAAAUAUGCCCACCUGUUUAUAAUUCCCCCUCCUCCUUCCACCCCUGCUCCACCCCCUCCCAAUGUAAAACCACUUAAAGUUCCAGCUGUACCCUACCCUUGGGCACGAGAAGCAAUCCCACCCCCUCCACCAGGGCCUGCACCAUUGCCACCAACAAAAAGGCCUUCCUUCCUCUUCAACAUCCCAGCUCUUGGCUCUUCAUGCCCUCGUUCUCCACAGGUCCCUCUGCAUGCCCGUGGCACCCCAUUGGUCACUGCGCCUGCCUGCACCACUCCAUUGGUCACUGCAUCUGCUGAUACCACCACCUCAUUGGCCAUUAUAUCUACACCUACUACAACCCCAUUGGUUACUUCAUCUACAUCCGCUGUGACAGCAUUGGGCACCACGUCUGCACCUACUUCAACUUCAUUGGUCAGUGCAUCUGAACCCACUACAGCCCCAUUAGUCACCACAUCUGCACCCACUGUGAACACAUUGGUCACCACACCUGCACCCACUACAACCCCAUUGGUCAUCACAUCUGUGCCCUCUACAACCUCUUUGGUCACUGCAUCUGAACCCACGACAACCCCAAUGAUCACCACAUCUGCAGCCACCUUAACCCCACUGGUCACCAUUCCGUCACCCAAUCUGACUCCAUUGGUCACUACUUCUGAACCCACUGUGACUCCACCAGUCAGCACAUCUGGGGCUCCAAUCGUCACUGGUUCACUAGCUUCAGGCUUGUUGGCCUCAGCCUCAGGACCCAGUGCAGCACCGACCACAUCAAUGUCCACCUCUGCCUCCUCCUCCACCACUGAGCAGGUGCAGAUUGGAGUCAUUCCACUCAAGGUGAAGCAGUUGUCUCCUCCACCUUCACCCCCUCCUUCCCACAAUCCGCCUCCACCACCAGAGAAACCAGACACAGAACAACCAGCUGUUCCAACCCCGUCGACCAAACUGGAACAACCACCUGUGGACUGGCCACCCCCGCCACCCCCUCUGUCCCCGGGGGAAGUGCUGCCAGUUGCUGAGAGAGCUGCCGCUGAGUUCCUGUUCCCCCCACCACCCCCGUCCCUGCUGGAGGACGCAGCAGAAAGAAACAGGUCUCCUGAAGGUGAACAUUGCGCAGGUGUAUCUGCUCCACUCCCACCCUCUGCCCCUGUGGGGGUCUCACCGCCCCCUCCUCCCCCACUGCCUGCAGGGACCACCACCUCAUCGCCAAAGCCCCUCACACUAACUCCGUCUUCAGCCACCAAGCAACUUCAGCCAAAGACCCAAGAUGUAGAGGGAGCUGCGUCCCGCUUCCCAAACACCGGUCCGCCACCAAAUGCACCCAGUCAGGACUCAGCCAAGGGACAGGUCGUUUCACCCCCACCACAAGCAGGUACUGAUGAACAAACUAGUGCUCCCAUUGUCACCCCCUCGUUGCUACAGAUGGUUCGACUGCGCUCCGUACAGAUGAAUGCCUCUGCUGUGGCAAUGCCAGAUAGCAAUCUCCAAAUGAACCGGAGCCAAAAUGAUGCAAAGCAGCCAAACAAAAGUAACAUGACUCCCCCCAGUAAACCUGCUCGCAAGUCCUUGUCCCAGCGACUGUCAUCUUCAUCUGACUCGGAGCCUGCAGUGAGCACCAACGUUCCUCUCCCUGUGAAGACCCCACUACCCAGUACCAGAGGAGCAGCUGCUCAGGGACAUGCCCUGCUGAAACCAGGAGACAAUGAGACUCCGCUCAAAUCUCCGGCUUCCACCGCCAGCUUCAUCUUUUCAAAGAAUGUCAGUCCCAAGAAACUGGUGUUCGAAACCCCUCGAUCACUGGAGGCAGAGGCUGAGGCCAAGAGGAACUUUAUGGCUGAGCUGGCCUCGGUGUCUGGACGAAUAGCCUCAAAGACUGAGUCCAGGAGUUCGUCAGGCCCAACAGCUAAAGCAGUCGCAGAGGCACAGAAGAAAGCAGGCAGAGUCCCACCACCCGUAGCUAAGAAACCUUCUUUCCUGCCGGGUUCUCAGAGACUGCCCUCCACAUCAACCAAAGAGACAGAUGCACAGGAAACACCACAGACCCUUCAAGUAACCGGUGAUGUCCAAGAGGAGAAAGGUGAGGUGAAGACCGGCAAUGGAGAGGUGUCGCUGUGUAAGGGUGACUGAAGGACCCAUCAAUCCUCAGGAUAUCACAGAAGACACCUUCCCUGGAAUACCUGGCCUUAAAUCCAAAGAAACAUUUCUCAGAAAAGUUUUAUUGCUAAAAGAUUAUAGCCUUUUUAUGCAAAAAAAAAUGCCAAGGUUGCUGCACCUUUGACUUUGUACUGUAGCUAUGCAUUCUCUGAGUAGUGACUGCUGCGGUUACAGUUCAGCAGGUGAAAGACUUUCCCUGGGGGAGCCGGUGCACCUUGGCUCUGCACUCUGCCCCCUCGUGGCUCUGGGUGGUAUGGCUUAGACUGCCGGCUGAUGCACAGACCGGCUGGUCUGUCACCUGAGGGACAUUAUAUCUUGCCUAAAAAAAAAUCAAAAGUUAAAAAAAAAUCAGUAGGAAGCACACUUUUAUCAUGUGAGGGGUUUGGGGUUGAUUUAUGUAUGAAUCAACAGCUGCUCAUGAUUUAGAAACCUAUUGCCUUUAUUAACUUCUACAUAAAAACUAAUAACUUAAAAUGGAAAGUAGGAAGUCCUGUCACAUUGACAGUUCCCCCAUGGUUCAGAUCUAGGAGUCAGGUGCUGUAAUGAGCCAGUGUUUGACCACAAGCCCACUAUAUGAUCUGACCCUCACCCAAAAAAAUGUUUAAAGACACUGGGCUUUCACAAACUGCUGGCCCUUUCCACUGGCAGCUCCUCCACUCUGCCAUUGUGCCUUCAGCUGAAUAUGGUGGUAUGUGUCCCAACAUGUGGCAGUAUUCCAGGAUUGGAUGAUCUGGGCACUGGUGAACGGGUGAGCAAGCCGCUAUGUCUGAUGUCAGUGACAGCUUUAAGCCGGCAGUCUUACAGACCUAGCUGUUUGGGUCUGGUCCACUUAAGGACUGGCCUGUGUGUCUUCAGACAAUUAGCUAACCAGUGAUUUAAUGGUGCUCAGUGGAUUGUAACAAGUUGGCUUGAUCCUUGAGAUCAGUGUUUCAGAAUGAACAGUGGGAAAGAGCUGAAGAGUUUGAUUACUAAGUGAGCACAAAGUUUGCAGAAAACAGCUAAAUGGGGGGCUCAGUUUUGCUGUUUAUAAUCUGCAGAAUUCCAGCCAUAAAUUGACUAAUUCUUGACUUUUUUACAAGCUGGUGGGUGGUAUGUUCACCUGACACCCAUAACUUAACGUGAAUGCUUAUCUCAUUUAAUAGAUGGUUGGAAGACGUACAGUUUUUGCAUCCUUCACUGCAUUUUGUGCUUUAAUUGGAGUUGGUUGGGACCAAUGAUGUGCAAACUUUAUUCCACCAGUUUCCUGUUUGAACUGGAGAAGGAACGGUGUGGUAAUUGUUCCUGCUGCUAUCUGGAGCUUUCUGAAAACACUCCGAAAAACUGGACCAAACGUUCACUACUGAUCUUUAUAUUCUGUUAGCAAAUGACUUGUGUCUUCCUGAAAUACAGAUACUUUGCACAGUUAGAACUGCAACUGCUUUUGCCUUGAUUGUAGAUGGGCAGUGAAGAUUAGACAGCAUUACUGAUAUGACACUUCUUAGCAAGGUCCUCUCCAAAAUGGACUAGCUUUUCCUGAACUUCAUAGAUUCCAAAGAGAACACACAUGAAGCCCCAUGUGUGCUCAACCCUCAACUGUUGCCUCUUUACAAACAGGUGGGAACAGAAGUCAUUUCCUCUUGCUUCAGGUCUCCUCCUUUGAAUCUUACAGUCAUAGUGCACUACUAUACAUGAAAGGCCCUUCAACCCAUCUAGUCCAUGCCAAACUGUUUUUCUUCCUAGUCCCAUUGACCUGCGCCUGAAUCAUAGCCCUCCAUACCCUCCCAAUCCGUACCUAUCCAAAUUUCUCUUAAAUGUUGAAAUCGAACCCACGUCCACCACUUUCACAGGCAGCUUGUUCCAUAUUCUCACCUCCCUCUGAGUGAAGAAGUUCUCCCUCAAGUUCCCCUUAAACAUGUCACCUUUCACUCUUAACCCAAGUCUCACUCAACCUCAAUUUACCCUAUCCAAUGCCGUAUCUUUGAACUUCUCCCUUUGUAUCUCCUCCCGGGUUCCUGUCACUUUCUCUGAAUGUGCAGUGGGGUAACUAAGACCUCAGCCAGAGCCCGCCUUGAAUGAAGCCUUUAGUUAUUGUCAAGAUUGCCGAUUGAAUUGAGUUACAUGAUGAUUAUCAGCCAAAUAUCUAGAAAUAGGGACAGAGAAAGUUAAACCAUGAACCUAAUCCUGGAACCCUGACCAUCGAGCCUGUAGUAAUUAGUUCUGAAGCACACCCACUAGCUUUCUGUUUGAUAUUGGAGGAGCUUCAGUGUGAGUGUAACCUGAGUGAUUGGUCAGUCUGAUUGGACUUCAGGAGAACUUGAUCAGAAGUAUAAACUAAAUCUUUGCAUUCCAUUGUGUUAAUGCACAUGGCUCAAAAUGCUACUACUCUCUAUGUCCAUCUUGAACAUCACUGUGCAAGGUACAGUUGUGCUUUGCCUUUACUGUUUAGUUCAAAUCAAAAUGUUCAGUGGAAGACUGAAACAAGAAGUGCAUGGAUUUUUAACACACACCGCAACUAAAGUUUGCUCACUGCCAAAUUUCAUACAGGUACAUAAUCAAUAUUCUGAAUAAUAGAACUUGUUACAACUUUUCAGUUUGAUUUAGCUUUUGAACAAUCUGUAAGUGGGUAUGGUUCAUCUCUGGGGAACUUAUAAAUUUAGCAGAGCUUAACCCUCAUUAUAUAAUGGGCAUGCAUCUUUGUAAAUUAAUUUUCUUGCUAAGCUAAAAUGGGAAUUAUUCUUUCUUUAGGCACAUUAAAUUUUAUUUCACGUGCUGAGAAGGUGUCAAAGAAACUAACUUUGAUUACUGACACUUACAGGGUCCUUGAACAGAAUAGAUGUACCAACGAGUUCUGAAAAUUCUUUAAAUAAUGCACUUACAAGAGUGUUAAUAUUUGGCUAUCAUAAAUUAAUAUUUAAGUAAAACUUUUAUUUUCUUCAGUCGAAAGGCCUAUUUAUGUGGGGGAUGUGGACAAAGUUAGAUCAGCAGAUGGCAAACGAUUACAGGCUAAUAUUUUCAAACUGUUUACAGGCCAAAGGGUGAAUGUGAUUUGGCUGGGGGUUGGGUUGGGUAGGGUGGCCAGUGCAGGGGCUGUGGAUGGGCUGGGAUGAAUUCCAUCCACAUGGCUAUGUCUUAUAUUUGACACAUAAUCUCCAAUCUCUCAGGGUGCUCUUCAAAGCUCAAAGCAGUUUCCCAACCUGAAAUCAAUACCGCAUUGAACAAUAUUUCAUGCUGUCUGUGGACCAGUAGUUGUUUAUGCAAGAACUCUGCCUUUUUAAUGGAUGUCUUUCAAGAGCCGUGCCUUGUCUACCCCAUUCCUGACACAACACUACAGUCAUAAAGGGCAGGAUUCAGGGCUGUGAACGGUUCAACCCUUCCCUGUACUCAUGACUAUGGGAUGCCCCAAAGAAAGAUCUCUAUAUUCAGGAUUACAAUUGCUAUAUACUGAUGGGGUUUCCCUGUUUCCUACUGUAACCAGUAUUAUUGGAAAUGUUCCAUAGGAUGAUGUUAUAUCUAUUGAGAAUCAUUUGAUAUUUUGUUCCACACUCUGCACUAUCCCGAUGGUUGCAAUUUGGUUUAAACUUCCCGAAAGGAAUGAGGGAGUUGUUCCUUUUCACACCAAAGAGACUAGGCCUCAUGUUUCUGCAGACAUCGCUGUGAGCUCCAUCCCAUUGCCUCUUCAGGGCCAUUAGGUGGUAAUGCUGUGCAUGAGCGGCAAGCCAGAAACAUUGUGCCCUUUGUCAGAGGCUCCUUUGAAUGCCAUAAUCACCAGGUUGCUCACGUCCCUCGAGCGUGUAAACUGCAAUUACUUGCCCAUGAAUUUGAACGUUUUUACAAUUAUCCCUGUCGUUACGCAGCAGUAAACAAAAAUAAACAGAUAAAAUUCUCCCAGUUUGUUCUGAUGGAUAUGCUGGCCAGCUCCCUCAUUCCUCGCCCUGACCUCUGUCUGCACUGCUGACGGUCUGGAUCCUAACUGCAGUAUGAACGCAAAGGAAUGAGCAUUUUCUGCACAUUGUAUAUUUGAUAUUGCAUUGUAGAUCCAGCCUAGCUGGGAAUUAAAGUGGGCUGUGGCCUUAAACUUAAUCACUUAAGGGUAUAAACUGAUUUUCAAAUAUUUUUAGGAAAUUUCACUUGUGCAAUGACAUAAUAUAUAUAUUUCUGUACUGAUAAUAAAUUAGCAAAUGAA